CCCCCACCACAAAAAAUACCAUUAAGAAAUUACAAACAUAUGUUCAUUUUUGUAUGGGCUUUCUAAAAUGCUCUUCCUUCCUCUUUUCUUUUAUUUCUCUCUUCUUUCUCUUUUCUAUUUUUUCUCUCCUCUCUCAAUCUGUCGCCGCCCCACUGCCGACCCCAACGCACACACUACACCACACCCAAUCUUGUUCUCCACCAAAACACCCCAAAACUAAUGGAUUUUCCUGCUGGAGCCCCAGGCAGGGCCACAAAUGGUUACAACUUGGCUGAUUUCUUUGCUAAAUCACUUGGAUUAAGUCUGCCACCUCCAUGCAAUUCCAUUAAUAUUAGCAGUUACACCUCUACAGAAGGUCUUAACUAUGCAUCUUCUAUGUCUGGAAUUCUGGACGAUACAGGCACUGAUAUGUUUCCAGGUAUUACAAGCCUAAGGGGACAAAUUGAGAUGUUCAAAUUGACAAUCAGAGAACAGUUAAGAAAAGUUUUAAGAAAUGGAAAAGAUUUGAGGAGACACUUGUCCAAAUCCAUAGUUUUAGUGGUGACAGGGGUCAAUGACUUCUCUGUCAACCUUCUUAGGAACGAAAGAAUGGAUCAUCGUUCCAUCGAUCAUGAUGCCUUUUCUCAAGACCUUGUCCAAAAAUAUGCUGAUCUUUUAAUGAGAAUGUAUAACGUGGGGGCUAGAAAAUUUGUUGUGUUUGAUGUUGAAGCCCUAGGAUGUCUGCCAUUUGUAGUAGAUAUGGCUUUUCCAGCAAAACCCAGAUGUGCAGAUGAACUAAACUCUCUGGUUUCCAAUUUCAAUCAAAUGUUAUAUCAAAAGAUCAAACAGUUAGGCAGCAGCUCCAUGAGUCAGGCCACUUUCAUCAUAGGCAAAAAUUAUGACUAUUUUUUCAACUUGGCUCAAAACCCUGCAAAAUUUGGGCUAAAAGAAGGGUUUAAGCCAUGUUGUGGAGUAACCAAAUAUGGGACGUGUGAUAGCUUCCAAAAGAGUUGUACAGAUAGGAAGGAUUAUGUUUUCUUUGAUGGAUUUCACCUAACACAAGCAGCUUACAAGGUUCUUGCUACCCAAUGCUUCAAUGCUACUACUUCUGCCGCCUGUGUUCCUAUCAAUCUCCAACAACUAGCAAAACUAUAAAUAUAUAUUGAUCAUCAAUGA